CUGAAUUUUCAUUUUACAAAGUAUAGUUUGAAAUUUGAUAUUAUAACAAAAGAUGUCUUCUCCUCCUCCAGCUCAAACCGGUGUUAGUUAUGGAGCUCUUAUAGUUAUUUCCCUUUUAGUUCCUCCUGUUGCAGUAUAUCUUACUUCUGGAUGUCAUAGUGAAUUAGGAUUUAAUAUUCUUUUAACAGCCUUGUUCCACCUUCCAGGAAUCAUUCAUGCAAUCUAUGUUGUUCAAAAAUAUGAAGAUAAAAGAAAAGCUAACCACUAUCAACAACCACCUCAACAAAAUUAUCAACAACCACCUCCUCAACAAGAUUAUCAUCAACCACCUCCUCAACACACAUCAUAUCAAGAUCACUAUGAUGAAAAGCCUGAUUAUCAUCAUGUUAAUUGAAUGAAUUCGUGCUUUUUUAUUUGGCUGGACCUACUCCUUGAUUUGGUUUCUGAUUUUUAUUUCUUAGUAUAUGCUAAACUGUUCUUGAAUUACAUAUUUAAAUCUCAAAUAUAUUUAUUUCUUAAAUUUAAAUAUCUAUACAAAUUGCAUGCUUCGGAAAAUACUGUAGAGCAAUUUACAUUGCUAUUUCUCAAUUCUGUAGACAAAUAUACCUCUACAAUGUUUCAUUCAACUUGUUAUCUUCAUAUGUUAUUAACUGGUCAAGUUGUGAUUCUUUGGAUUCUUCCAAGUGAACUUAAACUAUGUAAGGCAAGAAUUGUGCAUUAUUUUUUAAGAAUUAUUUUUUGCAACUGGCCAUCGCCUGGAUCCCAUCUCAAAAUUGAUUUCAAUUGAUGUAUAGAUCAAGUUUCCCACAAUUUAAAAAGUAAAUCUCUAUUGUAAGUAUUCGGAAUUCACAGUUUGUUUUCAUCUGAAGAUUGUAAAGCUAGAAGAAAUAGGUAAUUUUAACAGCAAAGUAUUCCCCUCUUUUCCUGUAAUCUUCUAAUUAAUUCUACAUACUACUACAUCAACAUUUGACAUUCUGAAAAUAAGACUACAGGCAAUAAGAGGUGAUCAAACACUC